AGGGGGCGACUCGGGAGGGGGUCCUGUUCCAAGCUAAUCCAGCUGAAAAGCAUAUGCUCAUAUGGCCACCACACACUAGCAUUACAUCAAGUUUUAAGUAUGUAUUUGUUAGGUAAUCUUAUCUAAGUAUAUACGUGAGUAGUUCUACAGUCUAAUUACUCCAUUGUCGGCAUGUUGUCCGAGCUAGUCCAGGCUGUGUACGUGCGUGCCUAAUGCGGUCAAGUCCUGAUAGGAUUAGAAGUAGUACUUCGUACGAAGCAGUACUAGUCUAUCUCGUAUAAGGUGCUAGUUUGUGUCGAUUAGCUUGCUACCUUGUUUCUGUUUAUGGUUGCUCUGGUUGGACGUGUAUAUAUAUACACAACUAGGGCUGCAAUAUUUGUAUGGAGGGAAAAGGAGAAAAGAAAUAGAAACAAGAGAGGCACGACACGUGCCUUUGGCUAAAAAUUUUGUGUGCGCGUGUUCAUGGUGUUUUGAUGUGAUCGAUCCGUGGGUGAAAUUCCAACAGUAUUCUGGCUUUGUAAUUUUACAGCGCAAUACUUUGAACGAUCUCCAUGCAUAACUGGCAGAUAACAGCUUCUCGGGAUCCCAAGAACCAAACACUCGCUCCCAUCCUCUGGUUUUCUUUAAUAAUCCUUUGGAUGAAUGAAUCAGAAAGAAUUUAGCUCCAUAUCAAUGCAUGGCAUCUAGAGAAGUAAAUACAAUGUUAGUGCAUGAUGGGUUCAACCACGCGCUAGUAACUGUACUUUUUUCUGGUCAGAGACGAGAUGAUAUGAAUGUGAUUGUACAUUUCUAACUGCAAGUUGGGAGUACGUAGUUGAUGAUAUUUAAUCAGGUAUUGGGGAGUUAUGUGAUCAGGUCUCUCUGAAAAGCCAUAGGGAUAUAAAAAUCGCCAUUUCUUUCUCCGAACACACAUGAAAACUAUAUAUAAGCCAUUGAUUCCAAGUUUACAUGUGGGUGGGCUCUCUAUUCCAGCUACCGAGCACUGACCCGAACACACCCAAUCAGUUGUGCAACGACUGGCAGUUGACGAUACCAAGGGGAGAACUGAUUGAUCGAUUGAUCACAGUCCUCCUCCACAGUUAUGGCAAAGCAAAGGGGCAAAUAGUGUCCAAGUCUGAGAACGAGGUAGCUGUAAAUAGAUCACAUCUCCGUAAAUGUAAAUAACACGAUGGUAUUUGAUAGGCCAUCUUCAUAACUGUGUCAAACAGAUCACAACCAAUUGAUCUUCAUGAUUAUAACUAGACAUGUCACAUCUAGAACAUCAUUGUUGUAUCUACAAAUAACAACCGAUAGAUCUUCAUAACUGCAUCUAUAUAUACAGGUUAUGGUCUAUGGAUCAUUAUAAUUUUAUUAUAUCUAAGAAAAUCUACCACCGUCGUAAUCCAAACUUAAUUCCCUAUCUAGUAUCACGAACAACUUUUCUACCCUUCUAACGUACGACUGAUUUGGCAGUAUAAACUAUAAUCUCGCAUACUAAUCUAUUCUAUAAACACAGUGGUUGGUGCAUGAUUGAUUCGAGUGGCUGUACAUUUCUAAAUCUAAAUUAUAAUGCAAGUUGGGAAUAUUUAAUUCUGUAUUAGGCGAAGAAGGUGGGAAGUUGCCUAGUCUUGUGGCCUAGACAAGAAGAAAGAUACAAAAUUGACCGCGUAAGCGCUAGUCUUGUCUAGUCUCACAAAAUAUAGGGAAAGGAUUCCAAGUUCACAUGUGGGCAGGCCCUCAACAACUCCAGCUAAGCCAGCAUGCAUAGACUCUUGACUUGGUAAUACACAUCGGCUGUCGGAGUGUAGGAUGAUAAAUAUAAGUUCAGCCAGAGGCCUUCCAUUUCAUAAGCAAAUUAAGCAAACGGCUUCCAUGGCCAACGACCUUGAAACUGGAGGCACUGUCAAUGGCAGCGGCAAGCCUCGUACAGUUUCAAAGCUGUAUGAGUUCAAGGAGCAGCUCCUGCUGCUGUCGACUCUGGUCGCAACGGUGACAUACGUCGCCGGGCUGAACCUGCCUGGGGGAUCCUGGGAGCAGGAUGACCCGGGAGGUCACAUGGCUGGCGAUCCGAUCCUCCGGGACACCCACUACCGCCGUUACCUCGCCUUCUACUACUGCAACGCCACCGCGCUCGCCGCGUCGCUCGUGGUCUCCCUCAUCCUCAUCAUCCUGGAGGAGAAGCACAUUGUCUGGACAGUGGUGCUGCGGAUGGUCAUGAUGCUCGACCUACUCAGCCUCAUGGGUGCCUACGGCGCUGGGAGCUGCCGGGAUACAUUCACAACCAUCUUCGCGGUGGUAGUCUUCUCCUUUUUGGUAUUGAUUAUCAUCUUUGGUUUCUUCUACCUCUGGCUCCAUCGUCAUGAUAAGUUCCCCUCCAACUCCAACUCCAACUCCAAUCGUCCCAUCGCGCCCCCUGGCUUGAACUCCACCUCCAAGUCCAGGUUCUUCCUCAGCGUGAGGCUAAUCCAGAAACAGAGGAGUGUGGUGAAGUCAUUCGUCGACGCCAAGAAGGAAGAGAAGGAGAAGAUUGAUGUGUUGAUGUUACUCGCAACUUUUGCUGUCACCAUCACAUACGUAGCUGGGCUGAGCCCGCCUGGUGGGUUCUGGAGCAGCACCGAGGACGGACACCGUUUGAGCGACCCGGUGUUGCAAGCUCGUGGCCGGUACCGUGCCUUCUUUGUUUGCAACACCACUUCGUUCGCCGUGUCCCUUCUCAUCAUCGUGUUGCUCUUGGAGAAGAAGCUGCUGAAGAAGCAGCUGAGCGAAAAAUUCACGGUGCGAUUCACAGUGCCCUAUGUGUUGAUCGCCGUCGCUCUGUUGGGCCUUAUGGUAGCCUAUGCUGCGGGGAGCUGCAGGGAGGCUGACAAUACCAUCUUUGUCCUUACCCUCACCGCUGCGGUUCCUGUCUGUGUGUGCCUCCAACUGGUGGUUGUUACUUGCACAAAUUGUUGGGAAGGACUCGCGACCAAGUGUGGUGAUGUCUUAGGAUGGUUCAAGAGACGGGUCAACACUCCUCGAGGCACCUCCACAAGCACGGACAUCGAGCUACACCUUCAAAACACUCGCUAUCUUGUUAUGCUCCUUGCUACUCUUGUGGUGACCAUCACUUACCAAGCAGGACUCGAUCCACCUGGUGGCCUUUGGCUAGACAGCCGGGAUGGGCAUACAAUCGGCCACCCCGUACUCCAAACAACACAUCCUACUCGGUAUCAAGUGUUCUUCUACAGCAACUCAGCAGCUUUUGUCACAUCAUUGGUUGUCAUCAUGAUGCUCCAGAGCAAGUAUCUGCUCACGCGGCACACACUAGAAGCAACCCUAGUACUGGACCUAUUCGGUCUCAUUACUGCCUAUGGCGCCGGGAGCACUAGGGAUGUAAACGCAUCCUUCUACAUCAUUGCCUUGGCGGGCAUUGUCCUUGUCUAUGUUGUUGUCCAUAUCACCAUAAGAGACCAUGACCCUGAGCCAGCAGGUGGUGAUGCUGCAGUAAAGGUUCUCGAUGACAAGCGUAAGGUGUUGCUACUGGUUGCUAUCUUGGCUGCUACCCUGACGUACCAAGCUGGUCUCACUCCUCCAGGUGGCUUCUGGUUAGCGGAUGACCAAGGGCUUGGUCGUCGUGCGGGCUUCCCAGUCCUCCUUGACAAUUACCCUCCUCGUUACCAUGCAUUCUUCUAUUGCAAUGCGGCGAGUUUCAUGGCAUCCGUAACACUCAUCCUUCUUCUCAUCAAUCCAAAGCUAUACAGGCCAGGUAUACGUUGUUAUGCACUCUAUGUGUGCAUGCUGGUGGGCAUGUUUGGCCUCAUGGGUGCCUAUGCUGCUGGAAGCUCCCGGCAUCUCAAAACCUCCAUCAUUUUGUUAACCUUGGUUGCCGCUGUAUCAGCAUUCAUAGCCUUGCUAGUAGCCAUUUUCUGGUACAUCUUUAGAUACAGAAAAAAAGCAGCAGCAGCAGUGGAGGCGGCAGUAACAAUGGCAACAACAGCAUCGGCGGCAAUAACAACAGCAGCGGCGGCAGCAACAAGAGCAGCGGCGGCAGCAACAACAGAAACAACAACCACAACAGCAAUAAUAGCAGCAAGAUUGACAGCAGGGGCAACAACAACAUCAACGGUAGCACCAACAACAGAAACAACAACCACAACAGCAAUAAUAGCAGCAAGAUUGAUAGCAGGGGCAACAACAACAUCAACUGUAGCACCAACAACAGAAACAACAACCACAGCAGCAAGAUUGACAGCAGCGGCAACAACAACGACACCACAAGCAGCACAAACAACAGCAACAAGCAGCAACAGCAGCAGCAGUAAAGAGAAAGAGAGACUUGAAUACUUGAUGUUACUAGGGAUCCUUGGCGCAAGUAUGACAUACCAGACUGGCCUAAAGCCACCAGGCGGCCUAUGGCAGGACAACAUGAAUGGGCACUAUGCUGGCAACCCCAUCCUCCACGACACCAACAAGCACCGGUAUAAUGCUUUCUUUUAUGGCAACUCCACUUCAUUCAUGGCGUCGAUCGUGGUGGUCGUCAUGCUGCUCCCAUUGACAUUCCAUGAACACGAUCUGUCACUCUGGCCGAUGCAUUCAGCCAUUUUGCUGGACAUGCUUAGCCUCCUAGUUGCCUACGCAGCAGGCAGUACUAGGGAGUGGGAAACCUCCAGAAACGUCAUGUUACUCGUCAUCCCUGUGUUGCUCUACAUUGCGGUCUAUGUAACAGCUUCGGUCUUCUACAACAGGGAAGGCCCUGUGGAACCGCCAACCCAGACUCCGGCCUCCACUGCUAGAGUGACUGCCACACCACAUCAGGAAGCCAACUGAUUCUUUGUCAGGUCAAACUUAGUACUUCAAUUUUUUGGGAACAGUAUACAGAAACAUGUGGGAGGAACUGAAUAUGUAAACUUGGGACAGAGCUUAUGAGAUAUUGAGCACCAUAUGUAUAUUUGAGAUAUAUUGAGUUAGUUAUUCAUAUGUGUAUUCAUGCUUUGGUA